UAUGGAAAAAGAUUGUGUACGGAAGCCACCGUCUAAGUCUACUAUUGUGAUUGUCUGACUGUCGACAGACGACUUGUUGCGUAUUUUGUCAUUGGAGCUGACUUUGCAGGUUAGCGUAUCGGGCGGGGCGUGCACGCUGUACAAUUCAAGAUUGAACCCACCGGCUAUUGGAACUCCAGGUAUGCGUGUCACGGCUCGACGAACACCUAUAUAUGGGCCAAUACUUCAGUGUCACCGUGGAAUAUACUGAUGUGUUUCCUUUGAUAAAGGUUUAAAACAUAUAUAGCUACCUGGUGGCCACCUAUAUACACACACCGGGGGGAACAGCUUACUGCGGGUACCCUCGCUCUGUACCUGUCGGUGACGACCUGGAUGUGUAAGGAACUCCCCUAAGGAUUACGUCGUUGUUGACAUCAGUGUUACACUGGAAGUGUAUAUAUAUAACCAGGUACUGUGGAGUACUGUUUUGUUGCAAUGACAGAGUGUGCAUGAACAGGAAAUCCAUUUUGACCUCCGCACAGGGUAUAAUGUAGUCAAAGAUGUGACAGAAUGCUGCCCAGGUGAGAUUUGUCCGGCCCAACAUGACAGAAGGUUGACCGAUGACCACGGGAUACAAAUGUAGCCACCCGAUGAAGUCAGGAGACUUACCUAAUUUUUACACAUGUGACUUAGACAAGCCGAAGUGACAUAAACUUCAGGACCAGAAUGUCUUCCAAAACCAAAACGAAGGGCUCCAAACUGGGGCUUUUCAAGUUCCGCAAGAGUACAACAGAUUUGUCAGAAUGGAACAAGAAUGAUGAGAAGCUACUGAAGGCCGUGGAAUCGGGAGAUACAGCUAAGGUUGAAAGUGUUCUACAUAAAAAGGCAAUGGUUCCUACAAAGCUGGGACCAAAGGGGCUAUCUGUGUUCCACAUCGCCUGUGCUGCGGGGAGGACUCCGAUCGUGGAACAGUUUCUUGGUUACGGAGCUGACGCCAACUUAAAAACCAUACAAGAAACAUCUCCGUUACAGUUAGCAGCAGGCAAUGGUAGAGCUGAUAUUGUGCAACGACUUAUACAGGCAAGAGUGGAGAUAGAGGAAACCGACAAGAAUGAGACGACGGCACUACACCAUGCCUGUAUGGGUAUGCAUGUUAACUGUGUCCAGGUGCUGCUCCACCACAAGGCUGACGUCAGCGUGGGAGACAAGACGGACAAGACACCUCUGUUCUAUGCCUCACACAACGGGGACUUACAGAUCUGUAAGGAGCUGCUGGACCGAGGGGCAGAGGUCAAUAGGUGUGACACGUCAAACAUCACCCCACUGAUGGCAGCAGCCAAGCAAGGUCAUAAGGAGGUGUGUGAACUUCUACUGAGAAAGGGAGCUGACCCACAGGCCACAGACAUACAGGGAAGGAAAGCCCUUCAGUAUGCUUUAGACGCAGGACAUGAAGAGCUGGAGGAGGUGUUUAGUAAAGCACCGACGAGGGCCUCCUGGGACCUCAACUCAUCUAAGACUGCCAAUGGUCCAUCAAGCAGUGCAGAUGGAGAUGUUGUCAUACAGACACCUACAUCAGAGAUGCCAGAGGCUGAUCAGGUGGAUGCAGUUGCUCAGUUUAUACCUGCCAACACACCUGAGUUUGACCGGAAGCCUUCCAACAAUGUAUCCCCUAGCCACCAACCAGUACCUCAGCCAAGAAUCACAAAACCAGCAGAGAUUCCUCCCCAGGUAAAUGCUGUUGACCAGCGUGCAGUGGAGGCCUUCAAGGGAGAUAACUCUGGAGAGGAACUGGAGGAGGAGCAUGAACAACUCAACGAAGAGUUCCACAGAGUUACCUCCCAUAACAGGAAGUUACAGGGUGAUAUAUUGUCCCUACAGAAGCAGCUACAGGAACUUCAACAGGCGGCUUCUGAAGACAAGACAAAAGACUUGGAGAAAAUGGUGGAGGGUCUUGAGGUCAAACUAGCCGAGGAAAAGGAGAGGAAUCAGGAAUUGGAGGAGAAGUUCUCCUCACAGACUAAAUCAGAGAGUGCACCUGAAGAGGAUGGGCAAUCCACAGGAGAUGUCUGGAAUGACAGUGAAGAUGAUUUGUUCGAUUCUCCUGGUCACAAGGCCAAUGGAGGAAUGGAGCCUGAUGAUAAACAGAUGGUAGCCUUGUUACGGAGUCAAAUCCUCACACUCCACCAGGAGAACGACCAACUCAAGGAACGUGCACAGUCUGUACCUCCUGAGGCUGUAGGGACUCCCUCUUUCCUCGCCCCCGUGGCACAGGACCUGCCCCCGGGGAUCAGAGUCCAGCUUGAGGAAAAGGAAGAGGAGUUGGAGGAACUCCAUAAUAAGCUCAUCACCUUGGAGGAGGAAAACAAGAUCAUCAUUGAACAGAUUAAGAGGAACAGACACAGGGAGGAAGACUUUGUGGAGAGGGAGAUUCAGACAUCUCCUAAGACCGUUAACGGAGACAACCAGUCAUCACCAGACAAUAGAUCCACACCAGACCAACUCUCAAAAACAGCGGCUAAAUCAGAGGAUGUCGGUGAUGAGAAAAGUGAGGAGGUGGAGAAAUUGAAACACGACUUAGAAACACUGAGAGAAACGUACGAAAAGUUGGUACAGGCUGGGGACAAUCUGCAGGACAUGUACGACCAGGUUUUACAGGAGAAAGAUCAACAGUCUGAGGAGUUCGAGAAACUUUUACAGGAAAAAGAAGAAAUUGUGAAAGAAAAUGAAUUUCUUUUAUCUGAUGGCAAUGCCAUGCAUGAGGACCUAGAAAAGUUAGUGCAAGAAUUAGAAAAAAAUCAGGAAAACUUAGAAAAGGUUCAGUCUGAGAAGGAGGAUUUAGAGCGAAAACUUGCAGCUGUAAAUAUGUCAGGUAAAGCUAGUGAGAUGGCGAAGCUGAUGGAGGAGCGUGAUGGAUACAAAUCACGAUAUGAGGAGGAGGUGGCGGAGCGUGGACGGCUCCAGGAGAACCACGACGUGGUACUGGAGGAGGUACAGAACCUACAGGAAAAGAGUCAGGCCAUGUCAUUGGAGCAGGAACAGAUUCAGCAGGAGUACGAGGGCCUACAAGACGAGUACGAUCAACUUUCACAGCAGUCGGAGGCCCUCCAACAAGACUACACACAGCUGGAGCAGGACUACUCAGAACUGCUCGGUGACAAGGAGAAGAUGGAGCAGGAAUUCCUAGAGGUGCAGACAGCCAGUGUCCAGGUGGAACAUCGCAACCCGAGCCUCCUCGAGGAGAAAGAACACCUCCAGGAGGAGUACGACAUGCUGGACUACGAGAAGGAGCAGCUAGAACUCACCAUCGCAGAAAUGUCAAAGAACAAUGCCUUGUUAGAGGAACAAUUAGAUAAAAUUAGAAUUGAGUUGUCAAGGACACAUGAAAAAUUGAAAAAGGAAUCUGCAAUUAGGGCACAGCAAGAGUCUGAAUCAACUACAGACAAGGACAAACAAGCGAAGUCUCAACAAACACAGAUAUUACGCCUACAGCAACAGCUCGCAGAAACAGAUCGACAUCACAGGGAUGUUGUAAACACAUACAGAACGCACCUCAUCUCGUCAAUACAGGGACAUAUGGAUGAAGAUGUUCAGCAAAUCCUGUUCAACAUAGUUGACCUACGCAGCGUGGAAGAGUACUGCUGACCCUGGCUGUGCCUGCCUUCCUCGUCUCCAUGGAAACUCAGCAGCAUUGAUCAUGUGAUCUGUACAGAGUGUGAUCAGAAUGGGAGCUACAGGUGUGAUCUUGACCCUGGCUGUGCAAGACUUGUCUCCAUGGAAACUCAGCAAUUGAUCAUGUGAUCUAUAGUACUGAGUGUGAUCAGAAUGGGAGCUACAGGUGUGAUCUUUACCCUGGGUGUGCCAUCCUCGUCUCCAUGGAAACUCAGCAAUUGAUCAUGUGAUCUGUACAGAGUGUGAUCAGAAUGGGAGCUACAGGUAUGAUCUUGACCCUGGCUGUGCAAGACUUGUCUCCGUGGAAACUCAGCACCAAUGAUCAUGUGAUCUAUAGUACUGAGUGUGAUCAGAAUGGGAGCUACAGGUGUGAUCUUUACCCUGGGUGUGCCAUCCUCGUCUCCAUGGAAACUCAGCAAUUGAUCAUAUGAUCUGUACAGAGUGUGAUCAGAAUGAGAGCUACAGGUAUGAUCUUGACCCUGACUGUGCAACACUUGUCUCCGUGGAAACUCAGCACCAAUGAUCAUGUGAUCUAUAUUACUGAGUGUGAUCAGAAUGGGAAAUACAGGUGUGAUCUUGACCUUGGCUGUGCAAGACUUGUCUCUAUGGAAACUCAGCAGCAUUGAUCAUGUGAUCUUUAGUACAGAGGGUAAACACAAUGGGUGUUACAGGUGCAAUCUUGUGAUUAGCCUAGCUGUGAAAGCCUCAUAUCCAUGGAAAUUCAGCAGUAUUGAUUACAUGUCUGGUGCAGAAUAGGAUGGGAACUGAAGCUACAGGUGGGAUUUUGGUAUUCACUGUCCACUGUUGUCCUCCUUGUCAAAUAUCACCAGGUUGCUCUGAUGACCUGGCCUUAUAUCAACACCUGUUUCAGUGAUAUCCCUGGCCUGUAGGUUUCUGUGAUGAUGUCUCCGGCCUGUAUCGACAGGUUUUGUGAUGUCUCUGGCCUGUAUCAAUAGAUUUGAAGUGUCCUUGACCUGGAAGUUCCUGUGAUGUAUUCGGUCUGUAUCGACAGGUUUUGUGAUGUCCUUGACCUGGAAGUUCCUUUGAUGUCUUCAGCCUGUAUCAACUGAUUUCUGUGCCGUGCUGCACCAACAAGGCAUUGGCCAAGUGACCCUGUCCUCUAGGAGUAUUUUAGACACCUACUUUUUAGUUGUUACAGCCCACAGUUAUGAAUAUAAUUCCACACCUUGUGAUGGUUGGUAGAAAAAACAGGAUUCUGGGUAAACAACCUGUUGCCCUGUUCUCAAAUAACCUUCCUUUCUCGAGAAAAUUCCUCUGUUUGGAUAAGACUGGAAGUAUUUAUUAUGGCUCAGCAUCAGCAUUUUGUAAAUUAGAGAGAUUUGUUUAUUCAUACAUGAAACAAUGACACAGUGAGCUAGGAUGGAUAAGGUUGUGAUACACAUUAGGGGUAUGGACCUUUGUGAGGAUAUUAUGUUUUAUUAGGGAGAUAAUUGUACUUUUGAUUAUACCCUAAUUUCACUCUCCUUUAUUUGAUUAAUCAAUUUCUGUUGCAAUGUAUUCUCCACAUGAAGUUAUCCUCAUCCUGAUGCUAAUUGUAGGAGUAAGUUUGUGUUGAUGCUGCUGGGAAUGACUCGGGUCUGCCUUACAGGUGAUGUGCUGUGAGAUUUUACAUUCCUUGGGAUAGUGUAAUAGACAUUGUGUGUCCUUGGUGACCAGGUGACAAUCCUUAACAACAAUAUAAGGACCAAGGUAUAUAUCUACAGGUAGCUUACAGUAUACUAUUCAUAUCCAUUCAUGGCUGCAGAACGAAAUAUGAAUUAUAGUAGAUAAAUUCGGUGUUAUUUUUAUAUAACAAUACUUAGUAAGAUGUUUUAUGUUGAAAGUGUGUGUAAGUAUGUGUAUUAUUUUAUAUACAGUUGUGAGGGACCUCAUCAUUUUACUAGUGUUGCCAUAAAAACAAAAUUUUAUAUUCAAUAUUUUUAUAUGAUUUAUUAAUGAUUAGUUGGGGGUGUUGGAUAGCAUCGAUACAUAACGUAUUGUGUUUAUUUGUUUUUAGUUGUGUCUGUGUGUUUACAGCUAUCAACCUUUGUUGAGGUAACCUGCUAUUUUAUAAACCCUGUAAAAUUGGUAAUAACCAGUGUGAGUGAUAUCUGCUGGAGUAUCCUGUACCCUGUCUUAGUGUUACCUUCCUGUACAAUCAAAACUGAUGUGGUUGAAGACUCAAAUGAUAAAGAAGUAUUUACAUAAUUCUAAGAAUCGUCUCCAAAAUAUUGUUCAUUGAUUCAAGAUGCAAUCUCAGAAGAGAGAAAACAACACCUCUUCACAAAGAGAUUAUGAAUGUGAAUGAACUACAGUCAAAAUAAGCUUCACUCAAAUGGAGGGCUUGAUUGGUAAGGGAGAGGCUUAGUGAAGAAGAGUAGCAAAAAUUCCACUUAAGUCUAGCACCCUUAUAUUUUAGGGAGGUUGAAAGGUCAGUUAUUUGCAGAAAAUUCCCUAACAAACCAAACAACAUAGAGCUUGUUUUAAAAUAUUUUUCAAGGAAAGAAUUAACUUAUUGAAAGCUGUUCAGGGUUUGUUUCUGAAUACCAUUUUUGAUGGAAUAAAGGUGUUUUAUAGCCAUUAGGACCAACUCACCUGUCAGUAUUCAGCGAUGCUACAGGUUUUGACACAUCAAUAUACACAUUCUUUUAUAGAAAGAGCUAACAGCACAGAUACUGUUUCUAGUUUUUGCAAACACUUUAGGUUGUCUUGUCAGGUGUACAUGUAAAUUUUGGUGUAAACAUUUAAUUAAAGUGAAUAUCUACAUAUCAUUCUAGUGCUUCCAGAGGAUAUGUCAACCUCGUAACCAGGUAAACCCCACCAAAACCACAAUUGCCUAAAUAAAUACAAUUCAUGCUACAAGGAUUUUAUUGAGAAAUUGCUACACUAUUUGUAUGAAGUCAUGUCUCUAGUUGGACCAAGCAGCUUUUACAAAAGCAGUCAAAUACCUUUGACAUUAAUGCUAAGAAUGUUUGAUUUGCAAAAUUUUAUGGAAAAGUUUCUGUCUGAAUAAAAUCUGGUUACCAGUACUUAUUGUAUAAAUGUUGCUAUGUCUAUUUUACAAUUUGCAAAUGAACAAAUUUCCUUUUUCCAUGUCUUCCAUAUUUUGUGGAAAGGAAUUCCAUUCCAGAACAAAAAGCAUUCUUGUUUUAUACACAUGUGUGUUUUAACAUCAAGCCAAAGUUUGGCCUAUUCUGACUUUGAAAUGAAGUUUAACAUUGAUUUUAAAAGAUGUUAUUAUUUUUAUUUUGUCCAUUGUCUCUGAACAUUCCGUGAUUAACUUAAUCCCACCUGUCUGGACAAUUCUCCGUAUAAAUGAGCCGUGAUGUUGGCCUAAAGUUUAGUACGGUAACAUUGACUUGUGAUGUAGGUUAGGAUAUUUUACCUUUACCAUACAUAUCAGUUACCUGUGGUCCAGUCCAUCUAAUACACGUACUGUAUUUAAAGACACAUGCUACCUUUAUACAGUAACAUUAUCACUGUUUCAAAAGAGUUCAAUUGAUAGAAAACUUUUGGAUUUUUUUAAAUUCUUAUUCGAACGAAUUAAUUUUGUGAUGGCAUUUUUGAAAAGUAAAUACCACUUAAUGCGUUGCUUACAUUCCUAUUCUGACUUUGAAAUGAAGUUUAACAUUGAUUUUAAAAGAUGUUAUUAUUUUUAUUUUGUCCAUUGUCUCUGAACAUUCCGUGAUUAACUUAAUCCCACCUGUCUGGACAAUUCUCCGUAUAAAUGAGCCGUGAUGUUGGCCUAAAGUUUAGUACGGUAACAUUGACUUGUGAUGUAGGUUAGGAUAUUUUACCUUUACCAUACAUAUCAGUUACCUGUGGUCCAGUCCAUCUAAUACACGUACUGUAUUUAAAGACACAUGCUACCUUUAUACAGUAACAUUAUCACUGUUUCAAAAGAGUUCAAUUGAUAGAAAACUUUUGGAUUUUUUUAAAUUCUUAUUCGAACAAAUUAAUUUUGUGAUGGCAUUUUUGAAAAGUAAAUACCACUUAAUGCGUUGCUUACAUUCCUAUGAUUAUACUUGUACUGUACGCUGGGGAACUUUCACCGAGUCGAUAGUUCACCCUUCACUAGUAAAAUCCCUAUUUGCCCAGUGUUAAUUUGCUCUCCACAUGUAAUCUCUAUAUACUAAGUAUGUUAUGAAGUGUACAAAUAUUUACUGUCACGAUAAAUUGGCAGUCAUUACUGAGGUUGAAAAUGCAAAAAACAAUUAUAAACUGUGGAGAAAAUUUUCUGGCAUGCAGUCAGUAUGUCUCAUUUUUCAUUAAGAAAACAAUAAGGGGGAUAACUCCCAACACAAAUCAUAUAUAUACUGUAUAGCCCUGCAUGUUCAGUAACAAUAUCAUCUUGCCAUUAGAUAUAGAUAACUAACAGUAAAACACUCUUCAUAUUUUGAAAAAAUGGCAGAGAUUGAAGUUAGUCGAUCCCAGGAUUAUUUUCUGGUGAUGUAUUUGGUUGUACAAUAUUAAUACUCAAGGUCAAGUUUCAAGUUAAGCAAGACCCUAAAACAUUUCACCUGUGGGAAAGGGAUGUGUAGUACAUGUAGCAGAAAUUCCAUAUUUGUUCGAUCAUUCACUCAUCUGUAAACAAGGGGUUAGGGUAUAAGACAAGAAACCUGAACAAAAAGGAUGAUAUAGUCUCAGGGAGGCAGUCCUAACAUCAGUUUUUAUGUGUUAAACCACUUAAAUGUUGUAACCAUACAAACAACUACAUUGAUCUUUAGAACAUGUGUAUACAUAUCAUCAUUACUCUAUAUACAUAUCACGAUUAGUCUAUACAUAUCUGAUCUUAUCAUCAGCAUUUUUUUUACUGCUUUUUGAAAAUAACAUUGUGUAUGACUGUUUGAUUCUGUCUAUGUGUGAGAGUUUGAGAGGUACAUUCCAUACUGUAAUAUAUUACAGGUUUAAGCCAAUUACCAGAUUUUAUCAUAUUUACAUGAAAGAUGGCCAUCCUGAUCAUAAUAAUUUUUUAUCAUUCCGUAUGUUAUAUCAGCAAUAAAAUAUUGUUUUGGUUAGCAAGUGUAAUCACACAUUGCAUCAAUAAUACAGGUGUGCCACACAUAUUAUCACACAUGGCAUCAAUAAUGCAGGUGUGCCACGCAUAUUAUCACACAUGGCAUCAAUAAUGCAGGUGUGCCACACAUAUGAUCAUGCAUGGCAUCAAUAAUGCAGGUAUGCCACACAUAUGAUCACACAUGGCAUCAAUAAUGCAGGUGUGCCACACAUGUGAUCACACAUGGCAUCAAUAAUACAGGUGUGCCACACAUAUGAUCAUGCAUGGCAUCAAUAAUGCAGGUGUGUUCCAUGUAUAAUUUCAUUUUCCAUCAAAAAUACAGGUGUGUACCAUGUAUAAUUACAUUUGCCAUCAAAAAUACAGGUGUGUAACAUGUAUAAUUACUUUUGCCCUCAAAAAUACAGGUGUGUACCAUGUUUAAUUACACUUGCCAUCAAAAAUACAGAUGUGUCCUAUGUAUAAUUACAUUUGCCAUCAAAAAUACACGUGUGUACCAUGUAUAAUUACAUUUGCCAUCAAAAAUACAAGGGUGUACCAUGUAUAAUUACACUUGCCAUCAAAAAUACAGGUGUGUACCAUGUAUAAUUACAUUUGCCAUCAAAAAUACAAGGGUGUACCAUGUAUAAUUACACUUGCCAUCAAAAAUACAGAUGUAUUCCAUGUUAAAAUAAUUACACUCACCAUCAACAGUGGAGGUAUGCUCCAUGUUUGUUGGUGUUACAUUAUCAAUAAACAUGUUCUCCAUUAUGAAGUGAAAAUGUGAAUCAAUGAUUUUAGGAAUAAAUUGGUGUAUGAAAAGACAAAGACAGUAAUAUUUAGAGAAGAGAUAGAUGUUUAUAAAUCUUGUUGAUAGGAUACCAGAGAAUGGAGUGCUAAUAGGGUAAGGGUUUAAAUGAUCAAUAUCUAUAUGCAACUGCAAUAUUUUUGGAGUAAUAUAUAAUAUAUGUAGUUAAUAAGAAUACUUCAUAAAAUCAUUAUCAAACAACACAUAUGUUGUUGAUUCAAAAUGUCUCUUUGCAAUCUUAUGUAUUUAUACAUAUAUGGCAAUGAUGUUAAUAGGAAUGAGUACAACAAUAAAAAACGCCAAAACACUAAA